CUGCACACACCCAAGGUUGUUCUGAAGGCCACGAUCCUAGAGCCUUCCUGCAGCCAAGGGUCAAAUGAGUUGUCUUACACCAUUCGAAAUGUAAGGUAGCACUUACGAAACUAAAGACCAGGGAAGUGGAUGAAUAAAAGAUGCCGUCGAAAGACAAAAAAUCCACAGCUUCAGAUGAAACUGAAGAGGUUGAUGACGAAGUGGAGGAGACGGAGCCAAAGUUAAAGGAAAGGAGCAUCAGUGUGACCCGUGGGAAAACCACAAAAGGAGAGAAGAAGAGGAAACACAAAAGCUCAGAGAGCUCUGAGAUUCACGAGGCCUCAAAGAAAGAGGAGAGAGGAGAGGGUGAAGAACUAAAAGAGAAAAAGAAGAAAAAGAAACCAGCUGAUGAUUCUGAGGCUGAUGCUGUGAUUAAAAAUGAAGCUGAAGAGGAUGAGCAGAAUAAUAACGACCCCACCACCAUUUCCAAAAAGAAGAAAUCAGAGAAGCAUAAAGAGGGAGUUACUGAAGGAGUAAAGGAGGAAAACAAGAAAAAGAAGAAGAAAUCCUCUGUAGAAAAUCCACAGGGAGAGGGGGAGAUGGGCUCCAAGGAUAAGAAGUCUAAAGAUGGCAAGAAGAAGAAGAAAUCUCAUGAUGAUGAGGAGCCUUUGAUUGAGGAGCAGGAAGAGGAAGAAGAGGAUUCAAAGAAAAAGAAGAAGAAAAAGACUAAGAAGGGCUCUACAGACAGUGAUGACGAUAAAAAGAAAAAGGGUAAAAAAUCCAAAAAUAAACAAGUGGACUAUGCUGUGAUCUACCAGAAUGAGUUGCUGAACUACCACACAGACUCAUCUGAUGGAUAUGAGGAUGACUACUACAAAAAGAAAGUGUAUGAGGUGGUCACCGUCACUGGUGAUGUAAAAGGAGCUGGAACUGAUGCCAAUGUGUUUGUUACUCUUUUUGGAGACUUUGGUGUCACACCCAAGGUUCACCUGGCAAGCAAAAGCAGAACUGCAUUUGAGAAGAAUAAGACUGAUGUUUUCCGUAUUAAAACACACAACGUGGGGCCUCUGAAGAAGCUGAGGAUCGAACAUGACAACACAGGGAUGGGAACCAGCUGGUUCUUGGACAGAGUGGUAGUGACUGACAUGAACCGGCCCCACCUGCGCUCCUUUUUCAUCUGCAGCAACUGGCUGAGUCGGGAAGAGGGCGACAACCUGUUUGUGAGGGACCUGCUGGGCAGUCUGAAUCCCAUGGAUGUCCCAAAGUUCAAUAAAUACAUAGUGAGUGUCUUCACUCCUGAUAUGAAGGGAAGUGGAACUGAUGCCGAUGUCUUCUUAAAUAUCUUUGGAGAGAAUGGAGACACAGGAGAGAGACGACUGGACAGCGACAAGGACAAUUUUGAACGAGGCUCGGAAGACAAGUUUACAAUAGAGUGUCCAAACCUGGGAAGGCUGAGGAAAAUUACCAUCGGCCACAAUAAUAGAGGUUCAUCAGCUGGAUGGUUUCUAGAUAAGGUGAUAAUUGAUGAUAUGGGGAAUAAAGAAGUGUAUGAGUUCCCAGUAAAUCGCUGGUUUGCCAUGGAUGAAGGUGAUGGCAAAAUACAGAGAGAUGUGUUGGUUGGAUCAAUGCAACCAAUGGGAAUCAUAUAUAAUGUUCAAGUAAUGACUGGAAACGUGAGGGGCGCUGGCACCAACUCUAAGAUCCACAUGGUAAUGCAUGGCUCCAAGGGCUUAAAAAACAGUGGCAAAAUCUUCCUGGAGGGCGGUGCUUUCGAGCGCGGUCUCAUUGACAUCUUCAACGUCGAAAUUUGUGAACUGAUCAGCCCACUCAGCAGGGUCAGCAUUGGGCACGACAAUGGGGCCGUUGGUGCUGGAUGGUACUGUGAAAAGGUGGUGAUAUACUGUCCUUUCACGGGCAUUGAGCAGACAUUUCCAUGUGGGAUGUGGCUGGAUGAGGAUGAGGGGGAUGGGCUGAUUGAGAGGGAGCUGUAUGAGAUGGUCUCUCUCAGGCAAAAAAAACAGAAGAAGUACCCAUGGUCCCUGUGGAUUUGGACCUCAGAUGUGAAGGGUGCAGGGACAGAUGCUCAGGUGUUUCUGCAGAUCUAUGGACAGAGGGGAAAAUCUGAUGAGAUCAAACUGGAAAACAACUCGGACAGUUUUGAGCAGGGCCAACUUGAUCAAUUCAUGCUCGAGAUACCAGACAUAGGAAGACCACUGAAAGUGCGCAUCUGGCAUGAAAAGAGAAAUCCCUUUUCAGGGUGGCAUUUAGCGAAGGUAACAUUGCUCAAGACCCUGACGGUGGAGAAAUAUUCUUUCGAAUGUGGCCGCUGGCUGGACGUCAAUGAAGAUGACAAUGAGAUUGUGAGAGAGCUCCCAGCUACAGGAGCUCUUAUCGAUGAGCCUUUGCCCUUAAUAAAGUACCGUGUCACAAUCUGCACGGGUAACGUCAGCGGCAGUGGCACUGAUGCCACCGUCUUUCUCAAUGUUAUUGGGGACCUCGGUGACACAGGGGAGCGACUCAUGAUUAUGAGCAAAAACAAUGUCAACAAAUUUGAAAAGGGCAAUCAUGAUGAGUUCCUCAUUGAGGCUGUGUCCUUGGGCCAGGUUCGCAGAGUGCGUGUUGGCCAUGAUGGUCGUGGAGGAGGUUGUGGUUGGUUCCUUGAUAAAGUCAUGGUUAGGGAGGAGGGCCAGCCAGAGACUAUGGCCACUGAGUUUCCCUGUUUCAGGUGGUUGGACCGUAAUGAGGAUGAUGGACAGAUUGUCCGAGAGUUAGUUCCUGCUGGAGACGGCCUGCGUCUCUUUAAUGUGAGCUACCACAUAUCCAUCAAGACAGGGAAUGUGAAUGGAGCCAGCUCUGACUCCAGGGUGUUCGUCAAGCUGUAUGGGGAGAAGGGUGACACUAACAAGAUGAUACUGGCAGUCUCUGACAAUGACCUCAGGAAUUACUUUGAGACAGGACGCACUGACAUCUUUACCUUUGAAACCUUUGACAUUGGAAAGAUUAACCGUCUUCUGAUAGGUCACACCAACGAGGGCCUGCGGGCAGGAUGGUUUCUGGACAGUGUGCAGAUCUCAGUGCCAGUUCAUGGGAUGCAGUACAUGUUCCCAAGCCACCGCUGGCUCUGUAAAGAUGAGGCUGAUGGGAAAGUGGAGGUUGAGAUCUAUCCGAGUGAGAUCCUUGACAUUGAAAAAUUAAUCAACUAUGAAGUAACAGUGGUCACAGGUGAUGUGAGAUGUGCGGGCACCAAUGCAAAUGUAUUCUGUCAGAUCUAUGGAGAUGAUGGGAAAACUGAAGUUCUUGCACUCAAGAGUCGCUCCAACAAUUUUGAACGUAACACGACUGAAAUCUUUAAGAUUGAAACUCAGGAUGUUGGUAAGGUCUACAAGAUUCGAAUCUACCAUGAUGGAAAGGGUAUCGGAGAUGGCUGGUUCCUGGAGUCGGUGGACAUAAAGCGGCUGACGAUGGCUAUGGUGCAGGUUGAAGUGAAGAAGGAGGACCCCAAGAAAGACAAGAAGAAGGACAAGAAAAAGAAGAAGAAAGAGGAGGAGGAGGAGAUGGAGAUAGUUGAGGAGCUGCAGGAAGUGGUGGAAACUUUUUCUUUCCCUUGUGGCCGCUGGCUGGCCAGGGAUGAGGAGGACGGGGAGAUUGUGGUUGAGCUGCUGACAGAGGACAGUGAAGACCUGGAGAUGAACUCCUAUGAUGUCCAUGUGUUCACUGGAUCUAUGUGGGGGGCGGGGACUGACGCCAAUGUUUACAUCAACAUCUACGGAGAGACUGGUGACACAGGGGAGCGACGGCUUAGAAAGUCCAACAACCUAAACAAAUUUGAGAAAGACGAGGAGGACAUUUUCAGCAUCACGGCGGUCGACCUGGGGAUCCUGAAGAAGCUUAGAAUCCGACAUGACAACAGCCAGGCCAGCGCCGGCUGGUUUUUAGACAGGGUGGAGAUUGUAGACAACAAAGAUGACACCACGUACUUCUUUCCUUGUAAACGUUGGCUGGCUGUUGAUGAGGAUGAUGGACAGCUUGCCAGGGAGCUGGUUCCUGUGGACGAAGCCUUUAUGAGGAAAGGAGAUGAUGAAGAGGAAGACAGUGAUGUUACACUCGGUCUGGAACAGAAAGCCAUGUCAACCACAUACACAGUACGGAUAAAAACAGGUGAUAAAAAAUAUGCAGGAACAGACGCUAAUGUCUUCAUGAUCCUGUAUGGUACCAAGGAUGACACAGGAAUCAUUAACCUGAAGGCGUCAAAGACCCAUAAAAAUAAAUUUGAACGAGGUAUGAUUGAUGAGUUCACUGUGGAAGCUGUGGAACUUGGACAGCUGAAGAAGCUGCGUAUUGGACACGACAACUGUGGAGGAGGAACAGCAGGUUGGUUCCUUGACUGGGUGGAGAUUGACGCCCCGUCUAUGGGACAGAAGCUACGCUUCCCCUGCGGUCGAUGGCUGGAUAAAGGGGAGGAUGAUGGAGCCAUCAUCAGGGACCUGUUCCCAAAUCCUCUUCAGACAGAGCUUUACACACCUUUCGUUCCUUAUGAAAUUAAAAUCUUCACGAGUGACGUGUUUGGAGCCGGCACAGAUGCAGAUGUCUUCAUUGCCCUAUAUGGGAGAAAUGCGGUGUGCACAGAGCAGAAGUGUCUCUGUGUCAACAAGAGGGAGAGGAGGAUGUACUUUGAGAGAGGAGCUGAGGACAUGUUUAUUGUUGAGCUACAAGAUGUGGGAGAUGUAAUUGAGAAGAUUCGUAUCGGCCAUGACAACCGCGGUGUUAACCCAGGCUGGCAUCUGGACAGGGUGGAGAUCAGACGUUUGCUCAGAAAGGGGAAGGGUUCAGAGACCGUCAUCUUCCCAUGUGAGCGCUGGCUCGCCAAGUCGGAGGAUGAUGGAGAAACAGUGAGAGAGCUGGUGCCUUCUGACAUCAUCACUGAGAAACUCUCUCGAGAUGGAAGCCUAAAAGUGACAGAAGUAGAGGUGGAGGACGCCUUAGAGACUCACACAUACAAUGUGUCAGUGAUGACAGGUGAUGUAUACGGAGCUGGAACUGAUGCCAACGUCUUCCUCACUAUCUACGGUGACCUGGGUGACACUGGGGAGAGGAAACUCAGCAAGUCAGAGACGAACAGCAACAAGUUUGAACGAGGAUGUGUGGAUAAAUUUACUAUAGAGGCAGUUGACCUUGGACAGGUCUUCAAGAUCAAAAUCCGCCAUGACAAUAGCAUGAUGAAUGCUGACUGGUACCUGGACCAGGUGGAGGUGGCUGAUGUGGACACAGAGGAGGUUUACCUCUUCUUAUGUGAACGUUGGUUGUCUCGGAAGAGGGAGGACAGGCGCAUUAGCAGAGUCUUCUAUGUGAAGGGAUAUGAGGGAGUGAGAGACAGUGCAAACAGUAAGAAGAAGAGCUCUGCUCUCACAGUGAAGAGUGUCGACAGUAACAUGAACAAGAAGAACAAGAAGAAGAAGGAGGAGGAGGAGGACGUACAGCUCCCGAUCAUACCAUACCACAUUACCAUCUGUACUGGGCUGGAGCGGGAUGCGAGCACCACCAGCAGGGCUUAUGUUAUCAUUAUCGGGGCCAAUCACACCCAGACAGAGAGGCUGUGGCUGGACCUUCCAGAUGAGAGAAAAGGCUUUGAGGUCGGCUCUCUGGAGAGCUUUGAGUCCCAUGGUUUAGACGUGGGAGAGAUGAAAAAGGUUGAGCUUGGUCAUGAUGGGGCCACUCCUGAGAGCUGCUGGCUGGUUGAUGAGCUGUCUGUUGCUGUACCAACCAAAGGGGUCAAAUAUAUUUUUGCUUGCAAGUGCUGGCUGGCCAAGGAUCGAGGAGAUGGGUUGACUGCUAGAGUAUUCAAUGUGCUGGAUGCAGAGGCCAUUUCCAUCUCCCAAAAGGUCAUUUAUGAGGUGACAGUGGUAACGGGAGACGUGCAAAACGCAGGGACAGACACCCUGAUCUUCAUGUCUGUGUUUGGGGCAAAUGGCAGCACAGAGGAGAUGCUGCUACAGAAGAAUGAGGACAGGUUUGAGCGUGGUCAGGAGGACACUUUCAACAUGGAGAUUGACGACAUCGCCCCGCUGAAGAAAAUGAGGCUGCGUAUUGAUGGCUCCGGCAGUCGACCGGACUGGUUUGCGGACAAGGUGAUCAUGCGGAACUUGACUACUGAGGAAGUGUCUGCGUUCACCUACGAGGACUGGUUGUCCAGGACACGUGGACCCAAGGGGACCAUGAUCUGCGAGAUGGCGGCUGUAGUGGACGAGGAGAUGAUGGUGGAGCUCACCACCUACAUCAUCCAAGUCAAGACCAGUGAUGUUGCAGGAGCCGGCACUGAUGCCAAUGUGUGGGUCAUCAUUUUUGGAGAGAACGGGGACACAGGGACACUGGCACUGAAAGAAUGCAACAAGUCCAACAAGUUUGAGCGCAAGCAGCUGGACACAUUUCGCUUCUUAGAAAUCCUCAGCCUGGGAGAACUCUCCAAGAUACGAGUGUGGCACGACAACACAGGUCCUGCUCCAGGGUGGCAUUUGGAGUACAUUGACGUGAAGGAUGAGAUCAUGGACAAAACAUUCCGUUUCCCUUGUGACCGCUGGCUCGCCAAGAACGAAGAUGACGGACAGCUAAUGAGAGAUCUGGCGUGCGCUAACAAUGACUACCUAGACCUUAAUGAGAAGACCAAAUAUGAAAUUUGUGUCAAAACUGGAGAUACAGCAGAGGCUGAAACCAAAGAAAAUGCCUGGAUUGUUCUUGAAGGAAAGAAGGGCCGAUCAAAAGAAUUUGUCAUGGAAAACUCCUCAAAGAAGAAGAGGUUUUUGCGGGGCAACGUGGACAGAUUUGAGUUUUCGUCCAAGAACGUGGGAGAUAUCGUAGGUAUCUGUCUGGGCCACACACCCAAGGAUGGAAAGAAAGUAAAGGGGGAGAUUCACUGGCAUGUGGAGGAAGUUGUCAUCACUGAAAAAGAGCUGGGAAACAAGUACAUCUUCACUUGCAACGCCUUCAUCCCUCUCUCCGCAAAGAGGGACGACUACUCGACCAUCGAGUGUUCAAAGACGGUGGAGAGCUUUGCCAGCAAAGCUCGGAGCCUGGUUCCCGUCAAGUACGAGAUCAUCGUCAUCACGGGUGAUGAGAAGGGAGCGGGCACAGAUGCCAACGUUUUCAUCACCAUCCACGGUUCCAGCGGAGACUCAGGCCGCCGCCAGCUGCGCCAGAAGUUUCGCAACCUUUUCGAGCGAGAGCAAACGGACCGUUUCCUGUUGGAAAUGUUGGACAUGGGCGAGCUGCAGAAAGUGUGGGUGGAGCAUGACAACUCCGGUCUCAGCCCCGGCUGGCUGCUGGAUCGUGUGGAAGUCACAAACACAGCCAACGGUGUCACCACCAUUUUCCUCUGUGGCAAAUGGCUGGACACCACAAGGGCUGACGGGAAGAUUAACAGGGUGCUCUACCCGAAAUGCUAACAACUCCUCUAUCAAAGAGAAAUCCACUCCUGAUGUUGACAUUUAUGAGCAAACUGAUUUUGUUGACUAAAGUUUUAUAUCUCAGGAACGGAGACAGAUUUUUAUAUG